UGCGUCGUGUGGUCUGCAUUGCUUGCGUGUCGUGCGGGGACCGGUGUUUUGUGCGCGUAUGGCGGUGUUGGUGAUAAGUCUUGUAUUCAGGUAAAAUUUUGAAGAGUAAGAGAGUGAUCGAGGUUGUUAAAAAAUGCUGCCUUCGAAGGCGAACGCACCGCACGCGAAGAAAGUCCUGUUCCCCGACAAACAGCCGACUAAUUCACGACAAGUGAAGAGUUCAACGCUAACUAAUGCCGCGGGUCUAAGUUCGUUGAUCACCUUUACUGUUCUGCUCCUCGCUUGGAUAUCGGGAUUCGCAUCCCGAUUAUUCGCUGUUAUUCGUUUCGAGAGCAUUAUCCACGAGUUUGACCCAUGGUUCAAUUAUCGAGCAACGGCGUACAUGGUACAACAUGGAUUCUACAAUUUUCUCAACUGGUUUGAUGAAAGAGCAUGGUAUCCACUGGGUCGUAUCGUUGGUGGGACGGUUUACCCGGGUCUCAUGAUAACAUCUGGAUCAAUACACCACAUUCUCCACUCUCUCAACAUUCCUGUACACAUAAGAGACAUUUGCGUGUUUUUGGCACCAGUUUUCAGCGGCCUAACUGCCAUUUCAACUUACUUCUUGACCAAAGAAUUAUGGAGCGCCGGAGCUGGUUUGUUUGCCGCUUGCUUUAUAGCUAUUGUUCCAGGAUAUAUAUCCAGGUCCGUAGCCGGCAGUUACGACAAUGAGGGCAUUGCGAUAUUUGCCUUGCAAUUCACUUACUACCUUUGGGUAAAGUCGGUUAAGACCGGCUCGAUAUUUUGGGCUGUCCUCACUGCCCUAUCCUACUUCUACAUGGUGUCCGCCUGGGGAGGAUAUGUUUUUAUCAUAAACUUAAUCCCACUUCACGUAUUUGCACUGUUGGUCAUGAAUCGGUACAGCAAUCGGCUUUUUACAAGUUAUACAACAUUCUACAUUCUUGGUCUACUGCUCAGUAUGCAAAUACCAUUCGUUGGAUUUCAACCGAUAAGAACUUCCGAACACAUGGCUGCUGGAGGUGUGUUCGGUUUGCUGAUCUUUGUCGCAGUUUUCAGGUAUCUUCGAACAAUGUUAACCAAGUCUGAGAUGAAGUACUUUGGUGGUUUUGUAACUCUCACAGCAGCAGCCCUUCUGCUCAUUCUCGUCAUUCUCACUUACUCAGGACUCGUUGCUCCCUGGAGCGGACGAUUUUACUCCUUAUGGGACACAGGAUAUGCUAAAAUUCAUAUUCCCAUAAUUGCCUCUGUCUCCGAACAUCAACCUACCACGUGGUUUAGCUUCUUCUUUGACCUGCAUAUUUUGGUUACCACCUUUCCCGUUGGAUUGUGGUACUGUAUCAAGCAUAUUAACGACGAGCGCGUUUUUGUGGUGCUAUAUGCUAUAAGCGCUGUUUACUUUGCCGGUGUUAUGGUUCGGUUGAUGCUUACUCUGACGCCAGUCGUAUGUAUGUUGGCCGGAGUAGCUUUUAGCGGUUUACUGGAAUUAUUUUUAAAAGAGGAAGAUAAAGAUGGGAGUGAUCGAGAAGGUGGAGAAGGAAGCGAGGAGGAGAGCGAAGAAGAAACAGAACGAAGCUCCCGACGUGCCUUAUAUGAUGAAGCGGGAAAACUGCGGCGCAUGAAACACGAGAGACCAAAAGGUUCAGGCGACGGUCUCGGAGCGAAUCUCCGUAAUGGUGUAGUCAUUGGAAUUUCGAUGCUACUAAUGAUGUUCACUGUUCAUUGUACCUGGGUGACGAGUAACGCAUAUUCUAGUCCUUCUAUAGUUCUGGCAUCCUACAGCAAUGACGGCGGUCGAUCAAUACUCGACGAUUUCAGAGAGGCAUACUACUGGCUUGCCCAAAAUACACCAAAUGACGCAAGAGUAAUGAGUUGGUGGGAUUACGGCUAUCAAAUAGCGGGCAUGGCCAAUAGGACAACACUUGUGGACAAUAAUACAUGGAACAACUCGCACAUAGCUUUAGUGGGCAAGGCAAUGAGUUCGAAUGAGAGUGCUGCUUACGAUAUAAUGACAUCGUUAGAUGUAGAUUAUGUGCUGGUUAUAUUUGGUGGGAUGAUCGGUUACUCUGGCGAUGACAUAAAUAAAUUUUUAUGGAUGGUUCGUAUAGCCGAGGGUGAACAUCCGCAAGAUAUUAGAGAAAGCGACUACUUUACAGAGCGGGGUGAAUUCAGAGUUGAUUCAGAAGGCUCUCCAACUUUGCUCAAUUCCCUUAUGUACAAACUGAGUUAUUAUCGAUUUGGAGAAGUCAAGAUCGACUAUCGUUCUCCCGCAGGCUUUGAUCGUACUCGUAAUGCGGAAAUAGGCAACAAAAACUUUCAACUCACAUAUUUGGAUGAGGCGUAUACCACUGAGCAUUGGCUUGUUAGGAUUUACAGAGUGAAGAAACCAGAAGAGUUUAAUCGACCCAGAAUCCCAAUAGCAGAACGCACAAUUAAUCGAAGGACGAGUUCAUUUCUCAGCAAAAAGUUGAAAUUAUGGGGGGGUGGAAAUUGAUGUUACAGACAGCGCGUCGCAAGAAGGGAUUGAUCAAGGGUCGACCCACCGUUGUGAAGGGGCAAAAACCGCAGAAAAAAACUACUACGUAACGCAAUAACCAUCUGCAGUUCUUCCCAAACGACUUUGGACGAUAAUUUCGAGAAAAAAAAGUAAAAAAAAAAUUAAAAAAAAAAAAAAACACAAACAAAACCAACAUCACCGUCCCCCUCACUUAUUAGGAGUUUGAACAC